GAAUAAUAAUCUUGUACCCUCUCGCACUUGUCGUCGCUGCACACCGUCCACCUCCGCACAUCACCGCCGCCUCUACUCGACACUCUCUUCUCCUGCGCAGACUCAUUCGCCGUUCGCGACUUAAUUGUCUUGUCGCGAGAUCCCGCACGCAUCCGACACUCGCAGCAUCACCGCCGCCUCUCACGCCAACAUGACCGAAGUUGCCUCGCAUGCCCACUCUGAGCCUGUGCCGCUCGACACCAUUCCCAUCUCCCCCGAGGGCGGCUUGACCGAUGCCACCAAUGGCGCCAAUGGCGACAACGAGAAGAUUGUCACCGUCUUCGACGACCCGCAGAACUUCAACGUGAAGCACGCCCUGCAGCACACCUGGACUUUGUGGUUCACCAAGCCACCGAGCGGCAAGCAGGACUGGAAUGAGUUGCUCAAGGAAGUCAUCAGCUUUAACAGUGUCGAAGAGUUCUGGGGCAUCUACAACAACAUCACACCUGCCUCCGAACUGGCGCAGAAGUCCGACUACCAUCUCUUCAAGCAGGGCGUGCGCCCGGAAUGGGAGGAUCCGCAGAACAAGUACGGAGGUCGUUGGGCUUACACAUUCAAGGGCAGCAAAGCCAACGACGAGACGUGGCUCAACAUCAUGCUGGCCGCCAUUGGCGAGAUGUUGGAGGAUGAGAGCGACAACGAGGUCAUGGGUGUCGUCGUCAACAUUCGCAAGGCCUUUUGGCGUGUCGGACUUUGGACGAGAACUGCUGGACAACCACCAAAAGGCCGCAAGGAUGAUGGUGCCGACCGCGACGAGGGUCGCAAGCGCCUUGAGCGUAUUGGCAAGCGCUUCAAGGACGUUCUCGCUCUCGGUCCCAACGAGAGUGUGGAAUUCUCUGGCCAUGCCGAUUCUGCCCAUGCUGGCAGCAGUCGCGCCAAAGCCAAGUUUUCUGUCUAAGCAGACAGACUCAAAUGCCACGUGCAGUCGACCGAGUGCUUCGCAUCGACUGCCUCACGGCUCAUUUGAAUCACGAACAGCAUGGCAUUCAGGCGUAUUAGGCGUAUGGUAGCUGGCAGGGCUAGCAACAGGGGCGUGAAGCAAGUGGCCGCCCGGGAGAUUCAACGACUUUAUGUGCAUAACCUCACUGGGUAUGUGAGAUGCGGAAUGGAUAGCUCAGAGGAUACCCAGCAUGCGAUACGGAGUUCUCAGGCUGCAGCAGCAGCUGUAACAAUGACGAUAAUUGUUAGACUGUACGCUGCCUUCCACCGGUCCUCAUU